CGCUCCGUGGGUUCUUCUUGAAAACAUGUCGCCCAUGAAGCUGUGUGUUCCAGGUGAAAGGCUUUGCAGCGUGGAGGACUGCACCCCCGGCGCAGGGACAUAUCUGAGGCACGGCUCCAUCUUCGCCUCACUGGCCGGAUACGUGCUCCGGAGGAACGAGGGCGAGGAGCUGCCGGUGAUCUCCGUAGUUAAAGAGACAGAAGCGCAGCUUUUACCUGACGUCGGAGCCAUCGUCACCUGUAAGGUGAUGAGCAUCAACCCACGGUUUGCUAAGGUGCACAUCCUCUAUGUGGGGUCUACUCCUCUCAAAGACCGGUUCAGAGGCACCAUCAGGAAGGAAGAUGUGAGAGCGACAGAGAAGGAUAAGGUGGAGACGUAUAAAAGUUUCCGACCCGGUGACAUCGUCCUCGCCAAAGUGAUCUCACUGGGGGACGUUCAGUCCAACUACCUGCUCACCACAGCGGAGAAUGAACUGGGCGUGGUCGUGGCCCACAGUGAGGCAGGAGUACAGAUGGUUCCCAUCAGCUGGUGUGAGAUGCAGUGUCCUCGCACGCACAAUAAAGAAUUUCGCAAGGUGGCGCGAGUGCAGCCCGAGUACCUGCAGGCGUGAACGUGAAUGUCAACGACGUCCAGCACCGACCUUUACCCCGGAACACACAGCUUCAUACACACACACACACACACCUCGAGACUAGCUGCCAUCUCCAGCUCACGCCACUGCAGAUUUUAUUCCAUUUCAUUAGAAAGCAGAGCUCUGACCUGUUCAUGUUAGCGUAAACAGUGAUCCAACAGGAACCUCAGAGGAACAAACUGGAGAAACGACACCAGCUAGCUGCCCAUCCUCUCCCACGGGAACGUCUGACGUAACCCGUCCUCCCUCUUUGAAAGUGUUCAAGCCUCUGUAAUGUACGCGGACCGCUAACGAAAUGCUCAGAGAUGACUUCAUUUUUCUUUAAUUUUCAGCCAUGACUUUUAUUCUGAAGAAGUCUUCCUACUUUUUUUUGUUUUUCUUCCCUAAAUGGUUUCAUUUCUGUCCAUACAGAGGUCGUGUAUUUACAGCAGUCUGAAAAGUGAAUAAAAACAAGUUUUCUGUCAUUCUUUAAA